AUGGUGUAUCCCCCCCGGAUGGGCGGCGAAGGGCAGGCAGCCAUGCCGCGGGGGACCCUGGCCCUGCUCGGGUUCUUGCUGGGCGCCGUGUCCCCGGCAGAAAGGUUUCACCUUCUCUUUACCUUUGCAGGAGACCUGUGCAACUGCAGCGCCGUGGGGAGCCUCAGCACGGCCGAAUGCGACGGCGUGACGGGGCAGUGCCACUGCCUGGAAGGUUACGCGGGGCUGCGGUGCGAGCGCUGUGCCCGGGGCUUCUACGCGGAGCAGAGCAGCCGGCGGUGCCGUCCCUGCGGCUGCAGCCCCCCCGGCUCCGGCAGCCCCCAGUGCGAUGACUCUGGGAAAUGCCAGUGUAAAGUUGGUGUCACGGGCCUGAAGUGUGACCAGUGCAGUGAUGGAUACUACAGGUUUAACGAAACCACCUGCGAGCCGUGCCAGUGCAACAACCGCUCCAAAACCUGCAACAGCUCAACAGGCACCUGCCUCCACUGCCAGGAAAACACCGAGGGAGACCACUGCCAGCUCUGCAAGGAGGGCUUCUACAGGAGCACCCAUCCUGCCCACGCCUGCCAUCACUGCCCGUGCUCCACCGUGGCAUCGACCGGCACCUGCCGAAUACAUCCUGGUGAAACUGCCCCAAGAUGUGACAAAUGCCGAACCGGGUACACCGGCCCGAACUGCAACCGGUGUGACAACGGCUACUACAACUCCGACAGCAUCUGCGUAAGAUGUAAAUGCAACGGGAACGUGGACCCAGCGCGGUCGCCCAGCGUGUGCGACCCGGACAGCGGGGAGUGCGUGGGCUGCCUGUACCACACCGCUGGCUUUCAUUGCGAGGAGUGCGAGGACGGCUACGUCCGAGACCCCGAGGGGACCAACUGCACCAAGAAAGAAGCCACUCUUGGCCCAGAAACAAGGGAGUUUACAACUUCUGCUCCAAAUGCCAGCAAGGCAACAUCAUUUUCAACGGCAGUGAUAAACAGUACGUUGUCACCGACAACUAUACAGACUAUAUUUCCUAUAAGUUCCUCUGACAAUAGUACCUCUGCUUUCGCAGAUGUCUCAUGGACUCAGUUUAACAUAAUUAUUUUGACAGUUAUCAUCAUUGUUGUGGUCCUACUAAUGGGCUUUGUGGGUGCUGUCUACAUGUACCGUGAGUAUCAAAACAGAAAACUUAACGCUCCUUUUUGGACCAUUGAACUCAAAGAGGACAACAUCAGUUUUAGCAGCUACCACGACAGCAUACCCAACGCCGAUGUUUCGGGGCUGCUGGAAGACGACGGGAAUGAGGUUGCACCGAAUGGACAGCUAACGCUGACGACUCCCAUGCAUAAUUAUAAAGCUUAGAAGAAGGGCUCCAGCUAUUCCAAAGUUGGCUUUAAAAAGUUACAGGGCUUGUUGAGGGGGUCUCAGGACCCGUGCCAAGGCUCCACGCAGAGGAAUUUGCUCUUC